AAAUUAAAGGAUUGUUAGCCCUUCACGAAUCCUGAAAUUUAACAAAAACGACAACAAAAAAAAAUGGCCAGCUUUAUUAUGAAACAGAUGGUUGGUGGAAAACUGAAUGAAAUGAAAGGCGGAAUCGAUAAACUGACCGGUGACAAAGAUGGUGAAGGUGGCGAGAAGACAGAAUCUGGCGAAGAUCCCGAAGUCGUAGCAGCAAGAUUGGAGCAAGAAGAACGACGUAAAGAACGUCAUCGUAAAAUGGAGCGAGAACGUGAAAAAAUGCGUCAAGAUAUUCGUUCAAAAUACAAUAUUCAAAAAAAAGAAGAUGGUAUCAGCGGUAUACCAUUUGAUACGUCGACAGAUGGUCGUAUCGUUGGUCCAUCGAUGAAGAAAACUCCGCAGCAAAUUGCGCAAGAAAUGGAAGAUGACGAUAGUCUUAUCGGUCAACUUGGUUUAACCGAGCAGGUCGAAAAAGCAAAAACUGCCGUAAACGAAGCAUUGGAAACGGUGAAAGGCUUUUUACCAUUUGGAAAAUGAAUUUGUAAAAUUAUAAAAUUGAUAAAAAUAAAUGGGGAAGCUUUUUUUUAUUUUUUUAUUAAAUAUUUGCUAGUGCAAGGAAAUUAAUUUUCAAUUUCAC